AUGUCAUUGAAAUCGCUUCUCUUACAGUAUGGUCAUCCUACAAUAUAUUCGGCUGAUACAACUAAUUGGCCACAGUUGAUAUUAACAUGUCCAAAUGGCACUAGACUUGAUGAAUUACCUUUUCUAUCAAUUAGUAUAUCAUGGUUAAGACAAUUCACUAGUUUUCUUGCUCAAGGUGAAAAUAAUACUUGUGAACCAUUUAUUUCUAUUCCAUCGGAUAUCUGUUGGAUGUCAAAUCUAACUAUUCUCAAUUUAACUUACAAUCAACUUGAAAAUACACUUAACUUUUCUGAUAUCCUCAACUGUUCGACUCGAUGGAAAACAAUUCAUUUAAGCAAUAAUUAUUUGGCAACAUUUUCAAGUUCUUUCUUUACAUCGACUCAAUUUAAUUCAGUUUAUUUAAAUGAUAAUAAAUUGAGUUCAUUCGAUUUAUCUAUUCUUACACUUGUUCAAAGAACAGUUGAUUUAAGAAGGAAUCAGAUUAAAUCGAUUACUAAUCCCACUAAUUACAGUAUAUCAUUAGACCUUCAAGCUGGCGAUACAGAGGUUCAACUUGAUGGUAAUUCCAUACUUGAUUUUAAUGAUGGAAUCUAUGAAAUGUAUGGGUCUUGCAAGGAAGUUGGACUAGCAUUGACAGAUACUCUUAAUCGUCCAACAUCAUUAACUUUUGCCUUGAUAAAUAUUGAUUUAGGGUCAACAACAACAUCAUCGUCAAAAACAACAACAUCCAUGUCUUUAUCUACAUCAACAACAGCCACAUCAUCAACAACUACAACGUCGGAAACAACAACAGCCACACUCUCCUCUAUGUCAACAACAGCAACAUCAACCACAACUGCAACAUUAGAAUCAACAACUUCCUCAUCUUCAUCUACUUCACUAACAGGCACAUCAUCAACAUCUAUAACAUUGAAAACAACAACGCCUACAAAAAUAACUUCAACUGCUAUGAUGAAUAUAUCAACAUGCCUUUCAACUUUUUCCGUUAGUAAUACAAAUCUAUUAUUGUCAUGUUCAUCCAAUGCAAACAUGUCAUUACUUCCUAUCAAUAAUUACACUCUAACGACUUUGAACCGUAUCACAUCAUUAAGUGUACAAGGAUUUAAUGGUGCACGUGAGCCCCUAUAA